GGUGGAGCCAGGGAAUGGGGCGGGGUGGGGGGGCGGUAAACGGGCCGGAGCUCCCCGGCAGAGACGCACCCCAGGAGCCGGCCGCCUGCAUCCCAUACGCACCAGCCUCCUCGAACUAUGAGCCGGAGGAGUCGCUCGCUCCGGUUCCCGCUGCUCCUGCUGCUGCUGCUGCCGCUGCCCCAGGUCCUGCCCGCGGAUCCCCCGACGCCCGCGCCGGUGAACCCCUGUUGUUACUACCCAUGCCAGCACCAGGGGAUCUGUGUCCGCUUCGGCCUUGACCGCUACCAGUGUGACUGCACCCGCACGGGCUAUUCUGGCCCCAACUGCACCAUCCCGGAGCUGUGGACCUGGCUCCGGAAUUCGCUGCGACCCAGCCCCUCUUUCCUCCACUUCCUGCUGACGCAUGGGCGCUGGUUCUGGGAGUUCAUCAAUGCCACCUUCAUCCGUGACAUGCUCAUGCGCAUGGUACUCACAGUGCGUUCCAACCUUAUCCCCAGCCCCCCCACCUACAACAUAGCACAUGACUACAUCAGCUGGGAGUCCUUCUCCAAUGUGAGCUAUUACACUCGUGUUCUGCCCUCUGUGCCCCAAGACUGCCCCACACCCAUGGGCACCAAAGGGAAGAAGCAGUUGCCAGAUGCCCAGCUCCUGGGCCGUCGCUUCCUGCUCAGGAGGAAGUUCAUACCUGACCCCCAAGGCAGCAACCUCAUGUUCGCCUUCUUUGCACAACACUUCACCCAUCAGUUCUUCAAAACUUCUGGCAAGAUGGGUCCUGGCUUCACCAAGGCCUUGGGCCAUGGGGUAGAUCUCGGUCACAUUUAUGGGGACAACCUGGAACGUCAGUAUCAGCUGCGGCUCUUUAAGGAUGGGAAACUCAAGUACCAGGUGCUGGACGGAGAGAUGUACCCCCCUUCGGUGGAGGAGGCGCCUGUGUUGAUGCACUACCCGCGGGGCGUUCUGCCCCAGAGCCAGAUGGCCGUGGGCCAGGAGGUGUUUGGGCUGCUUCCCGGGCUCAUGCUCUAUGCCACGCUCUGGCUGCGCGAGCACAACCGAGUGUGUGACCUGCUGAAGGCUGAGCACCCCACCUGGGGUGAUGAGCAACUCUUCCAGACGGCCCGCCUCAUCCUCAUCGGGGAGACCAUCAAGAUUGUGAUUGAGGAGUAUGUGCAGCAGUUGAGCGGCUACUUCUUGCGGCUGAAGUUUGACCCGGAACUGCUGUUCAGCGCCCAGUUCCAGUACCGCAACCGCAUCGCCAUGGAGUUCAACCAGCUCUACCACUGGCACCCGCUCAUGCCCGACUCCUUCAACGUGGGCUCCCAGGAGUACAGCUACGAGCAGUUCCUGUUCAACACCUCCAUGCUCGUGGACUAUGGGGUCGAGGUCCUGGUGGACGCCUUCUCUCGCCAGAGCGCUGGCCGGCGCCAGGUGCUGGGGAUAGAGUGGCGAGCAAGAUCAGAUGUGGUUCUUGGGUCCUUACCCCUUGGCACUGAUACCCUGAUUGGUGGGGGUAGAAACAUAGACCACCAUGUCCUGUACGUGGCUGUGGAGGCCAUCAAGGAAUCCCGAGAGCUGCGGCUGCAGCCCUUCAAUGAGUACCGCAAGAGGUUUGGCAUGAGGCCCUAUACGUCCUUCCAGGAGCUCACAGGGGAGAAGGAGAUCGCAGCCGAGUUGGAGGAGCUGUAUGGAGACAUCGAUGCCUUGGAGUUCUACCCGGGGCUGCUUCUGGAGAAGUGCCAUCCAAACUCCAUCUUUGGGGAGAGUAUGAUAGAAAUUGGGGCUCCCUUUUCCCUCAAGGGCCUCCUAGGGAAUCCCAUCUGCUCUCCAGAGUACUGGAAGCCAAGCACAUUCGGUGGUGAGAUGGGCUUCAGUAUGGUCAAGACAGCCACGCUGAAGAAGCUGGUCUGCCUCAACACCAAGACUUGUCCAUACGUCUCCUUCCACGUGCCCAACCCUCACCAGGAUGGCGGGCGUGCUAUGGAGCGGCCGUCCACAGAGCUCUGAGCGGGUGGAGCAGCAGCUGGAGGGUGGGUUUUGUGUUUGUCAUCCCAGAAAGCUGAGUCCGGGGUUGAUAGUCUGAAUGUUGGGUCUUGGGUUUGGCAUCGAGAGCAUCAGGGUCGACAUUUAGAACUUUGUGUCUCUCACCCAUUACCUGGAAUAUCGUGGUCUUGUUUGUUAUUCUAGAAUGCUGAAUUCCUGGCUGACCAUCUAGAAUGUUGGGAGGGAUUCUUCUUUGGCAUGCCAGAACACUGGGUUCCUGGCUGACAACCUAGAAUAUCAGAUUUCUGGUUGACUUGGAACAUAGGCAUUCUAAAAUGUGGAGCUCCUGAUGAAACCAUCUAGAAAGGUAGGGGAUUCUUAUUUUGCAUUCUGGAAUUCUGGGCGGCUCUCCAGAAUGUUGAUUUUCUGAUUGGCAGCUCAGAAUGUUGUACUCCUGGUUCCUGAUCCAGGACGGUGUCUGGUAUGUCAGCUCAGUCUUGAUCUGAAUGCCUAAAAUGGUAAUUUGAUUCAUUUUCCUGUUCAGUGAGAUAUCCACAAAGCAGGAGAACUUAUGGUCUAACAAGAAUGCAUUGCCCACCUCUGUGCCUGCACCAAGGGGGCAAGAUGCCGGGUGUUCUUCUUGGGACCCUGACUUAGACCCUGGUCCAAGGAGGUAGAAAGAACAGGUGGGCUUUUUCCAGGGCAUUGGUUGGAAGCCACCAGAGCUGCGUCACCAUCUUUGUCUUGACUCAUGGCAGCUGUUUCACAUGAAACCAAUAAAAUUCUUUUUCCAAAUUG